AUGAACCCAUCUUGCUGCACACUCAAAGAAUGCCAAGGAACUCAUUUGCUUCCAUUUUUGACCAGUGAUAAGAUUGAGCAGCAAAAUCAAAAGCUUCCAGGUUAUGGACGUUUAUCUGGUCACUCAUGGCCUGAAGCCGACAUCUCUUCAAACCCGAAUACCAAGCAACAUAGUCCCAAGAAUCUAUUUCCGAGCCCUAGACGCUCAGCAGUCAUGGUGGAGACUAGUUACGAAGACAAGGAUAUGGUCCAGGAGAAGACGAUCUUUAAGGAUUACUUCUUGACAGAUCGAAAUAUCAAUGCUUUGGUUGGACCGAUGGGCUCACUCUUACCUAAAUUCGGGAUGAAACCAAAUCCACCUGGCGCAUAA